AUGGCUUCUACAACCCAAAACGUUUCUGUGUCUCAAAACUCUCACACCUCCCCUACUAAUACUGCAUCAAACGCUUCUGGAAAUGCAAAUUCCACAUCUGCACCAGGAGGAGAUACAACCUAUCCUGAGCAGCUGCAUGCAGGAAAGGUAGGAUACGGUCCAAACUUCCGCACCUCCCCUUCACUUGGAGAUAAAAUACAAGGAUUGAAGGAGGAAUUGAAGGGGAAAGUUACAAGAAAUCCUGAUCUUGUGCAACACGGAAAAGACGUGAAGAGUGGCGAAGAAAGGAGAAAGGAUUUGCUUGGAGAGGAUGAACAUAACCCUUUUGAUAACGUUAAAGAAGAUGAUGAGGGAAAGGGAAAAGAUGUAUCUCAAGGUCCAACAACUCAUAAGCCUUCAGGCGCCCAGUCUUCCCAGAAUCCAUCAGGCAUAAAGGACGACAAAAAUCCAACUGUCGCCGGUUCACAGAGCCCCCAGGCCUACUCAGAUACCAACCAACCUAACAAAACCUCUUCUCAAACCGACCCCUUCGGUAUGGCGCCUUCCCAAGUCUCCGGAGAGCGCUUCGCCAACCAAACCAGUACAAAUACGAACAUGACUGGUAUUGUAAACUCUGCGGGACAUCAACCUCAGCCUUUAGAUCAGACGCCCGCCCAUGAGCCGUCGAACUCCGGAGCGAGAAUGAGUGGAAUCGUGGACUCCGCCCGACACAAUCCGCCUUCACACGCACAGUCAAAUCACGGAUUCAACCAACCCAUUCUGCAACAAAGCACAAACAUGAGCGCGAUCGUCGACUCUGCCCGACAUGAGCCUCGGCCCUUAAGCCAAGCACCGGAACAUCACCCAACACCGACAGGCUCCGAAUCUGGCUUUGGAGGUUCUGCUCCACAGCGGCAAAACAAGGGCGUGAAUGCAGCGGUGCAUAUUCCAAGACACCGAUCCAACCCUAUGCAGCAGGAACCAGUGCCCGCCUCAUCCUCUAAUUUUGGCUCUGAUUAUUCUGUACCUCAACAAGCGCCCAAGGCCAAUCCGUUUGGUAUGGCUGUGAAUCAAGGCCACGGCAAAGGGGCAAUGGAACAGGCGGCUACGGUGGCCCCUGAAGGUACCGAGGACGCAGAAAAGCAACGAAAAGGAAAUAAUGUCGAAUUCGCAGCGAGGCCCGUUGAAGCUCGCCAGUGA